AUGUGGGUCCAAACUUCACUGCAUCCGUGGAGGAGAAGGUGCCCUGACUAAGCCCAUUACAUUGAAGAGAUGGUUCUGCUGGUGGCAGUAGCACAAGUGCUGCUGGUCCUGGGUUUAUCUGUGGAGUCAGAUUCUCUCUGCUCACCCACCACCUUUUACAAAAACUGCUGGAUCCGGCGCUUCCCAGGUCUUCUGAUUGACCUGCAGGAAUCACAGAAGAGGGGAGCCCAGGUGCUGAAGGUCUAUGCAGAAGUCUCACCCCAGCAGUGCAGCAGAACCUGCUGUCUUCUGAGGAAUGUUUCCUGCAACCUAGCAGUGUUCUACCAUGUAGCUCUUUAUGAGAAUAUGAAUUGCCUGCACAUGUCUUGCCCAGCGUUGGAAAGUUGCAUACUAAAGGCUAGAAUCAAUGUAACUUUGUACAACAUCACAACAGGGAUGGAUCCCGAUCUUCUUAUUUUUGAAAAACUGACAUCCAGAGAGCCAAAUACUUACAACUCACUGAAUAAAUAUGAAAAGCAAAACAGCACAAAGGCCACUGGGUGGGAAAGAUGCCAGCAUCAUAAUGCCACGUCAAGUUCUCUUUUGCUCCAAGCUCCAUCUUCUACCACUAGCCACAGCUUAACAUCAAACACUUACACCUCCAGUACAAGCCCGAUGACACAAAAAACUGAAGUUACUACAUAUUCCAGGGCAGAAACUUUUCCACUGGAUGAUCAUUUUGCUGAGAGGACAAGCAGAGCUUCAGUAAGCACUAGGUCAAUCACCAGCUCAGACAAGAAGACUGCACACUCAACGUUGAUAUCCAAGUCUGCUGAGGUAUUAUCCCACAUGCCCACUCCUCCUCGUCAGAACAGCAGUAAGCAACACUUAAAUGAAACCAAAGGCUACAGUGGUAGGAAUUAUACUUCAGAUAAUGAGGCAUCUGCUUGGGAACCUGCAGCUUUGGGUGUCUGGUUGAUUCCUGUUGUUCUUUGCUCUUCUCUCAUCUUCCUUUGCUGUUGUAGUGUUGCUUUCACAGCAGGGCGCUGCAGAAAUAGGAGAGGUCGGUAUAAGCCCGUAAGAAGAACAAUGUCAAGACAAUUCAUAAAAUAUACCACUGUCAAAGGUAAUCUGUAA